UGCCAAAGUCUUCGUGAAGAUCAAGGCGUCCCACGCCCUGAAGAAGAAGAUCUUGCGUUUCCGUUCGGGUUCGCUCAAGGUCAUGACCACGGUGUGACUCCGGGGACUCCCCCUUCGCGGCCUCUGCACCUUCGCACUCCCGAUCGCCGACCCUCCCACGUGAACCUUCCAAAGACCACCGGGUUUUUGUUUUCCCCAAAGACCCUCCUCACGCCCCCCUGCCCCCGCCACAGCGGUCUGGGUCUGCAGGGAGGAACGGGGGCAGAGUCCCAUCCAGGGUGGCUUCUGGCUUCGAACCCCUUGGGCGAGGAUGCUGCUCCUCCACAGGCCUCACUCUCCACAUCUGUACAAUGGGUGUCCGCGCCGGCGGAAGCGGUGAUUCGGGUCGAAUCUCCCCACCUUAGAAGCUUAGUCUGUCGGUUAGCCUUUCACUUCCGUCACUGACCGGGCCCCCCCAUCCCCAGCCUCCUUUCUGUGCCCUGGCUCAUUCACAAAGUGCCCCUCCAUGUUCCUGGACCCUCAGGCUGAUUCCCCCUUGGCAUCCUGGUCAGGGACAUGCCCUGGCUCAGGUGGGCAGGGCGGGAGCUCCGACUCGGGGGUUUUGAGGGUCAAACAGGACUUGGCGACACCUGGAAAGGACUCUUCUACCUCCCUCUCUGGACAGCUCGGGAGGGAGGAGAGGGAAGGAAGACGGUCUCCAUCUCGCGCUCCCCCUGUGAGGGAGUGGGGGGAGCCUGAGGACCCUCGGCUGGUCCAAGCCAGUAUCUGUUUUCUCCUUUUUUUUAAUGGCUGUAUUUAUUAUGACGAUGGCGACUCCCCGGUCCACACGGGGGCCGGAUUCCCUGUGUUUCUCUGACCUCUUUGUAAAUAAAUGCACAGUGUUACAUA